CGGCCAUAAAACGCUGCAAGUGACGACCGUGGUCUCAUUGUUGAUUGUUCUGGGAAGCAACCCAAAUCCACAUCCCAAUGGCGAGAACGAGAAGACACUCCUCUCUCGCCCUCCUCUCUCUCCUCUUACCCCUCCUCCUCCUCCACCAUCGCUUCCCUCUCUCAGCCGCCGACGAGCCCCACUUCGAAGGCUUCGACGCCGACGCCGAAGACGACGACUCCGACGACUCUCUUCACCUCCCUCUCCGUGAACCCCCCAUCACUCAGUUAGGUUCCGCCGAGUCCCAAAGCCAUGCCUCUCCCGAUCCGGCCCCCGAGUCAACACAGCCAUCCGCCCACGUUCCCUCCGAUUCCGAUUCGCCUCCACAGCCCCAACCCUCCACCUCGGCCUUCGAAUAUUGGGACGAGGACGAAUUCGAAGGGCUGCCUUUGCAACAACAGCAGCCGCGUCCCGAGAACCCUAAUCUCGCCGAAAACGUCACUGCAUCUGGCUCUGUCUCCGAUCCGAAAACCGACGAUUCAGUGAGACGCAGAGGCUUGCGAUCUUACGUGAUUGAGAUUUUGUGCGGCUCGUUCUUGAUUAUGUUUGUUAUCAAUUUCUUCACCGGUAGGAAGCAGAACGAGAAUAUUGCGUUGGCCUGGGUGUCGAAAUUCGCGACUAAGGGAUCGAUUUUCGAGAAGAAUUUCAGUUUGUUGGGGGUUGGUGACGGGAAGAACGAGGACUCGCCUUUGUUGUUGAAAGAAGGUCAGAAUGUAUUCAAAUUUUAUGCGAGUGGGAGGCGAUUUUGCCAGGGCUUGUUGGCGACGUUGGAGCUCCAAAGCCGCCACGAUUUGAUAUCGAGAUUGUUUAAUUUGGUCGUGCCGUGUAAGGAUGAGAUAACGAUCGAGGUUUAUAUGAACGACGAAGCGAUGGAUCAGGUGGUUUUUGCUCUGGCGAAGAAGAAGGCUGCGAAGGCUAUGCAGAAGGAGGUGAGGGAUCUUCAAAGGUUCGCGAGUUUGGUAUUGCCGCCGAGUAAUAGGAAGUGGGUGACCGAUGAUUUGGGUGUUGUUUCCGAAUCGAAGGAGGUGGCUGGAGAUUUAAUCACAGAGGCUGUACUUGAUCAGGUCUUUGGUGACAAAGCCUUUGAGAAAUAUGGAAAGGGUUUCAUCUCAAUGCAUUUCUCAGAUCAGCACAUGGGCACCCAGAAGAAGAUGCUGAUAUUCAAGUUUGCUCUACCUGGUGUGAAUCAGAUGGCUGAGAUGACUCGACUUGUAGCCCUGGUCCCCUACUACAUUGAUUUGAUAGGACGAUACAAGCUCAGUUCACAGGCUCGCUCCAAGACAGAAGCAGCCCGGCAGAAGGCUGCCCAGGAGGCAUACAAAGAGCUUCAAAAUGCUAGGCAAGAAGCCUUGCAGAAAAAGAAGGCCGAGCGGAGAAAGGUGAUAGAGGCAGAGGCAAAGCUUAGCGCAGAGGCAAUUCGCAGGAAAGAGGCCAAGGAGAAAGCUCGCCAGAUGAAGAAGGCAAUGCCUAAAGUUAAGAUGACCCGCGCUUAAGUGUAUCGUUUGUGCCUUUGCCUCAUGUUUAUUCUUAUUAGUUGUUUUAUCAUUUUCAACUUGCAGGUGAGUUCUGUGUUAUUCCCACUUAUAGAUAGAUUUUGAACUUGAUAACUGGGGGACGACCUUUCUGUUCCCUUCAAUUGGUCAUUUUGGGUUCUCAAUGACAAUUAAACUGUUAAGCUGCAGGGACUCUUAUAGGGUUUAUAGACUGUCAUAUCAAUUUGUCAGAAAUUUAAUUGAGAAAUUGUUUCA